AUGUCUCAAAAAGCCAGUUCCAAAAGAAACAACAAGCAAGCUUCCCAAGUAAAACCCUCGUCAUUGCCUCCUUUAUUUAGUGAGACAUUUGGCACAGAAACCGUCCAGAUCACAGUCGGCGACGAUGGAUUCAAGCGCACGUUUACUGUGCACAAAAAUCUCCUUGCCUCAAAAUCAAGAUUCUUUUCCGCCAUUUUCGACAGCAACUUCCUUGAAGCCGUAACAUCAAACGCUUCUUUUCCCGAUGACGAUCCGAGCGCAUUCGAAGCGCUCAUGGAGUGGAUUUACUACGACAGUCUGAAAACCAUAGGUCUCAAUAGCAACCAUACACAAGAAGAGGGGCGGGAGAAUAUGAGAAAGAUAAUAGCGACAUUAGGACUUGCGGAUAAAUAUUGCAUUGAUGAGCUGGCGGAUAGGUGUCUAACAAUUCUAUACCACCGCUCGAGGGAGUACGUUAGUUGCAAGUUGGACCUCGACAUGAUUGCCUUCAUCUAUGAAGAAACCGGCCCGAUAUCCAUGGCAAGAAAGUACGCAGCAUCUGAGCUAGCAGCUGCAGUUACUGCCACGUCCGUACUGGACCUAAGGGUCCGUUCGAAAUCUGCUAUUAUUACAGCCUUGAGGAUAUCAGAAAUCUGCAAGCAGAACCGGGAUAUUUUAGAUGACUUAUUCAAGGCUAUUACAGCAAGGCCACAGUCUCCUGGGCCAACUACGGGAACAUGCCAAUUCCACCUGCACCCAAAGGUUGCGGUAUGUCCAUACCGCGGAAUGGACGAAGAGGUUGCUGUCCGCCCAAAAGAAGACAGCUUGUACUGUGGCUGCGGGAGGUCAAGGUCCAGAUGUAACGAUAGACAAGCAAGGACUGGAAAACGGUGUCCUGCGUUUGGUAGACCGAGAUAG